UCCCGAUAGAAUUAAUUCCCGAGUUUAUUUUUAUUAGUGAUAUGUAAAAAAAAAAACAGCCUACAAAAUAAUUUUGGCGAAUCGAGAACACGUGUUUUAAGUUACUUUUGCUCUGAAGACGUAGUUGGCUGUGUAGGAUGGCAAUCUCAAUAGCGAUUCUGGACUGUGAUCUACUGUUGCAUGGCCGUGGUCACAAAACCCUGGACCGCUUCGAUGUGGGCUUGGUGUCAGAUGAAUUCCUCCUUAUGCAGUUUGGCUUCCCCAGAGAGUUCAUUCUGUACUUGGUGGAGUUACUAAGAGAGUCCCUCAGUAGACGCACACAGAGGUCCAGGGCCAUCAGUCCUGAGGUCCAGGUGCUGGCUGCGUUGGGCUUCUACACAUCAGGUUCUUUCCAGACUUCAAUGGGAGAUACUAUUGGAAUCAGCCAAGCGUCUAUGUCCAGAUGUGUUUCCAAUGUGACCAGAGCUUUAGUUGAGAAAGCUCCUGAGUUCAUCAUGUUCAAUAGAGACGCCAUGAUCAGAGAGCAGACCUUCCAGGAGUUCCAGAGAGUGGCAGGAAUGACAGGCGUUCUGGGAGUGCUGGACUGCGUUCAAGUCGCCAUCAAGGCUCCUAACAGUGAAGACUCAUCGUAUGUGAACAAGAAAGGGUUUCACUCCAUCGGCUGUCAGCUUGUUUGUGACGCCAGAGGCUUGUUACUCAGCGCGGAAACUCACUGGCCCGGUGGGCUCAGAGGCAUAGAUGUUCUUGAAAGAUCUGCCCUUUACAAAAAACUUCAGGAAACUGAAGUGGGCUAUUUUCUGGGUGACAGCCGUUAUCCUCUGAGGAAGUGGUUGAUGACCCCAGUGAGUUGCCCUGAAUCCCCUGCAGAGUUUGGAUACAAUCUUGCUCAUGCGGCUACGCAUGAGAUUGUGGAUAGAACGUUUCGAGCCAUACAGACUAGAUUCCGAUGUUUAGAUGGCACUAAAGGAUAUUUGCAGUACUCACCAGAAAGGAGUUCAUCCAUCGUGUUGGCUUGUUGUGUUCUGCACAAUGCAUCGCUGCAAUCAGGAUUAGAUGCCUGGACUCUGGAAAGGACAGACCCCCUGGAGCAGCUGGAAAUUCUGGACCAAAGACCCGAGGACUGUGAUGGUCAGGCUGAGGAAUUGCGCAAAGAGCUCAUUCUGAAACACUUCAGCUAAUGUAGCUUGGACUCUGUUGGGCUUUGUUAAAAAAACAAGUGGAACUCACACAGGAUGAAGUUUUAUUUAAAGCAAGAAAGCCAAGAGACAGUGAUGCUGAUGCAGAUUUUUAAUAUUUUGCUGGAUUCUAUUCUACGGACUACUCUACUAUAACAGGCAUAUAUGGAGGAACAUGCAAGACACUGUACAACAAAACCAAUAUUCUGUGGACAUUACUUCGUUUUUCUCCUCACGCAGCUUUCCCAAACAAUUUAGUUUCAUUGUUGUCCAGGUUUGGGAAAAACUCUCCAAACCCUUUAUUCAUCCAUCCAUCUUCCUCCCUGAUAAAAGGCCUUUGCAACGCAUUUCCACAGGCAAGUUAUGUUGUUGCAGUCCACAAUCUAGGCCUCUAUUUACAGCUGCACAUUAUUUAUGUACACCAAUGCAUUGACAUUACUGAGUCAACCAUGAAAAAAUGGCAUUGUGGGGGUUGAUCAAUGGUGAGCUGGAUCAUCUAGACAGCUCUUCUCUAUGGACACUAUAGGGCAUAAGAAUCAAUGUACUGUAUCAAAUUUCUCACAAUAGAACAGGGCUGAAGAAAAUAAUGUUUUACAUAAAGUUCUUUUGAAGAUGCUA